UUGCAAGUCAAUCCAAGUCAGUAAGGUAAUGCCGUAUUACGACUUACAAGCUUACAAGUAUGAUAUUGGUGUGAUCAUAGAAUAAGUAUGAUGCCAGGCGUUUCAAGCGUAGCAGCUUCAAGCAAUCUGCCUGGUAUUCCGUGGCCCCGUAAUAGUUCUGAAUUAUUCCUAUCGUCUACAAUGGCUUCUAUAAUACCAGAAAUACGUAUCUAUUCUCCCUCUGACAAAGGCGAUGACACUUCUGAUUCUGACCGCAGCAGAAUAACUGGGGAUGCAAGUGAUCGUAAGAGUGCUAUGCUGUUCCGUGGUUCUCGCGAAGUGUUUUCAGGAGACAGUUCAAACAUGGUGCCCUGGCUAAAUACAUUUAACAUGCGCCCGUAUAAUCUGUCAUGCUUGCCGUCUACCAUGACCUAUCGUCCGUCCUGUCGGUCGCAGUCUGUGGCCAUCAGUCGUGCAAAGCUUGGAUGCAUCACAAGUUCUGCGAAAUCGCUUGAUGUACUACGGCAGAAUUUGCAGAGGAGCAUUAACCGCGAAAUAGACGAAAUAUUACAGCGGUAUUUGGAAAAGUUCUUCAAGCCUGGUCUGGAGAACGUGCGCAUCAACAACGGCGAGCACUCCAUAUCGGAGCAGCACAUACAAGCCGUGUGCCGACAGAUCUUAGAAGAAGCCAAGAAAAUGUACCACGGCAGUUAUACAAGAGGCAACAGCCCAACUUCAGACUACAACAUUGACUCAGGCCGCAACAGUCCAUCAGACCUAAAAUUAGGUCGGUUUUUUGGCAAGCAUGCGGUGACGGGUCGCAAGCGACGCGACAACUCUGACUCUGACUCCGAAGCGAGCUUGCAACUGGUGAAAAAGAAGAAAGGGCGGCCACCGCUGCACCAGAGCGGAGUACUGUCGGGUCGGUCGACGCCGUGCAAGCUGAAGGCUGAUGCGGUGAAGCGGGAAGGGCCCAAGUGGGAUCCGGCGCGGCUUCAGCCGAGCUCACAGUUUAUCAUGGGUGCCAAGGCGAACAAGGCGCUGGGUUUGGGUGCCACGCGCGGUCGUCUCUACAUUAAGCACCCGGAGGUGUUCAAGUAUUCCGGCGACCAGGAGGACAAGCAGUGGCUGUACGAGCACAACCAGAUGCCGGCCACGGGCGGCAAGGCCUACAUGCUGCUCGUCGAGGACAUCCGCGAGUUGGCCGAGACUGACGAAUACCGCGGUAGCCCGGGACUCAUGCUGGACGAAAUCGUGGGCUUCUCUGUGCCCGAGAGCAUGCUGGCCAAGAUGCAGGCCGCCAUGCUCGCCAUGCGGACCGACCUGCCGGCCGGGACCCGCCGCCGCGGGGCACGGCCCAGCGGCGACCCACGGCAUGACGACGGCUCGGCUUCGCCCGCCGAAGAGCCUCUGGGCACGUCGCCGUUCGGUCAGGGCUUCGAAGACGUCUCGCCGGCUGCCUCGGACGUGAGCGCCACGUUGGAGCCGCCCCUGACUGCGCCCUUCGAGCUGGUCCUGAGCCCCUGAGUGUCGCGCACAACUGUUGCUGUGAUUGCUUCUGCAGUGAAUGUCUGCUGGGCUGCAUAGAAGCAGUGUGUACGGUGGUCUAGGAAAUUUCUCGUUGUAAAACGCUAGCCAGUGGGCCUGUCGUGCACCUGGAAGCAUGUGACUGUAGUGUAUGGUCAGGUAGCAGAUGUGGAGCUUUUGCACACUUCAUGUGUUAAGCAGAAUUGUUGAGUAAUAGCAACACUUAUAUCAACACUUCAGUGAGAUGCAGUUUGCUUACACACUCGCUUGUUGCAUUUUAAGCUGUGGAGCACCAGUGAAAUCCUGAUACCACUGAUGAUUAGAAAAGCAAUCUGUGUUUUCAUAGUCAUAUUUUUGUAAAGCAGAAGUGUGAAUAAGUGGUAUGUUAUUCAGAUGUUGACUGUGAACAUCAGCGCAGUUGUUAAGCCAAUCCGUAAAUGGUCACUGUGGGAGCAGGAAACACAAACUUCACUGAGGGAAAUUGAAUGGCUCGAGAUCUCAACCAGGCAAGAUUGCACGCAAAGCGUGCACAGUUGGCACAUGGCACUUCACUGACAACUUGCCUGCGUUUUAUGAAAGGAAUCACCAUGUCAGAUGCAGUAGGCUUCAUUGUGCAAAGUUCAUGGAAACUAUUUGUUGUUGAGCUAGAGUUACUUCCAGAAUUGUUUAUUUAAAAGAAAAAACAACAACCUCAUGACCACAUCCAUGGUAUUGUCCAUUUCAGCAUUGCACAACCCUCUUCUGCUAUAGCCAUUCCCAUCUGCUAUUUUUACCAAAAGUACUUUUACUAGCACAGCAGAAGUCUUCUGAUGCAAGAAUUCACUUCAAGUGUAAGAGCAACUUAUGGCGCGUACUAUGUUCUCUUAAGCCGUAAUGGUAAGCUUAGCUGGGCAUGGAAUGCCACAUGCAAAAUUAUGUGCAUAGCAAUUUUGCUUGUCACUGAAAAUUUUGUCCCAAAGUAUUGCAAGUUCUCUUCAGGUUCACAAUGCCUGAAUGCAUUAAGUGUGGGUCGCCAAUAUAUUGCUGAAGCUUUGUGCAAGAACUUGUGGCUCUUAAGGUGCGGUGCCUGCAUUUGUCUGAAGAUGCAUAUAUGAAUAAGUACAUGAUGCGUUAAAGCUUUGGUGAGUGAAAUACAUUAGGCGGUGACAAAAGUUUCUAUGCAUAAUCACUGAAGAGAACAUCCGAGCAGAGAAAUUUUCUUGCAGUUUGUUCACACUCCUAUCACAUGCCUUGUAUCAGUCAUGAGUGGAGAACAUCUCGCUUCUGUGUGUCAUUAGUGACCUUUUGUUACAGAAGGGCACUUGACCUCUCACAUUGGAAAAAUUUUGGUAGCAAGCCAAUAAUGGACACUCGCUUAGAACAACUGAAACUUGAGCAGUUUGGUUUAAUUUUAGCGACAUCUAUAUUACUUGAUUGCCAGAUUGCACUUUAGCUGGUGGCUGCUUUACUGUUUGGGGAAAAGGCCUCAGAAGAUCUUUUGCUAUAAUAUAUUAAAUGAUGCUUUCUACUAUCAAAUUGAGGUUUCUUAAUGAAGUAGUAGAAUGUCCGUAUGGUUCAUUUCUCAGCAUAUUCUGGAACCACAGCACACAAGCUGAACUAGGUAAAAAUAUUGAUGCAUACAUAUAGCAGUUAAGCAAAUUGGCCUGGGUGGUGCAUGUAAUUUAAUGUAGUGUGUUGCAAAAAUGAAGUGCCAGAUUAUAUGUAAAUGGACUCUUCAUGAAUUGCAUCUCGCAUUUCCCGAUUCCUGAAAGUACAACUAUCAUGUGAGAGUUAGUUUUACAUGAUGGUUGACAAACAGCAGGAGAUAAUCCCAACAGGAUUUCUUCAGUCCUCUUGUCAUGCAAAAUGUAUUGGUGACAUUUUCUAUACCAGUCGAUACCAUUUUGUGAUAGGGUGUGCUUUCUUUCUUGCUAUGUUUGUAGGUUUUGUAUCUGAAUGCAACAACAUCCAUAUCACACGCAUGCGAUUUACCGUGCACGUGGCAUCUUUGCCGCAUGAGUGUGAUGGGGUCAUUGUCAGCCUAUUUUUAUGUCCACUGCAGGAUGGAGGCCUGUCCCAGUGAUCUCGAAUUAUCCCUGUCUUGUGCUAGCUGAUUCCAACAUGCGCCUGCAAGAUUCUUAAUUUCAUCACCCCAUAUAGUCUUAUUAUGCCGUCCUCGACUGCGCUUCCCUUCUCCCGGCACCCAUUCUGUAACCCUAAUGGUCCACCAGUUAUCUAACCUAUGCAUUACAUGGCCUGCCAAGCUCCAUUUUUUUCUCUUAAUGCCAAUCGGAAUAUCGGCUAUCUCUGUUUGCUGUAUGACCUACACUGCUGUCUUUCCAUCUCUUAGAAUUAGGCCUAACAUAUUUUGUUCCGUUGCUUGCGCAUUCCUUAACUUGUUAUUGAGAGUCUUUGUUAACCUCCGUUCUGUCCCAUAUGUUAGCACCAGUAGAAUGCAAUGAUUGCUUUUCAACUACAGUGGUAAACUCCCAGUCAGGAUUUGGUAAUGCCUGUCAUGCGCUCCAACCCAUUUUUAUUCUUCUGUAAGUUUAAUUCUCAUGAUCAGGGUCCCCUAUGAGUUAUUGACCUAGAUAAACGUACUCCUGCACAGACUCUAGAGGCUGACUGGUGAUAAUGAAUUCUUGUUUCCUUGCCAGGCUAUUGAACCUUACCUUUGUCUUUUGCUUAUUAAUCUUCAACCCUACUUUUACACAUUUCUCAGUUAAGGUUAAGGAGUGUGAUAUGCAUGCGUAUAAGUAUGUCCACCUGUUUGUAAUAAUGAUUGCAACAAAGUCAUGAUGAACUAGACGUGAUAAGUGAAGCAAGAGCAGGGGCAAGGCAGUAUUUUAUUUCCAGUGACAAGGUUGUAAGCAUGUGGUAGAGAGCAUGUUUGGACCUCAGAAAACCCGUUUUCUUGCACCAUUAGGCGACACUGUCGUCUAAUGGUGUACACUCUAUCACAAAAACUGAAGGCCAGCGAAAUGUUUAUUGGCAGUGAUUGCGAGCUAACAUUUACCUUUUUGGAAAAUGAGGCACAUAGAGCAGCAAACAAGACAACUACGAGCUGUGUUAUGCAGUUUCAUCACUAGUAAUAGUCGCACCAUAAGUUGUAAUGUGCAGAGGGGUUGGUACUCAUUUGAAAGAUGGAAAACAUUUAGAAAUUUUUUCCUCGUGACCUCUGUAGUUGUACGGGAAUGCAAGUUUGUAUUAAUCGGAUUCAAUUUCAAGUUUUCAAUCCAUAUGGGAAAGUUUGCGUAACGUGCCAAUGUUCAGCUUGUUGCUUUGCUCUUUCAAGUAUAGUUACAUCAGAUCAGCAUGUCAUGCCACUUCUUGUGAACUUUGUAAAUUUCUGUUCAUUAAGGCUCCCCUUGGCUUGUCGUAUCACUAAGCUAUGCUUAAACACGCAUUUUUGAAAGUCGCGCAAGUCAGCUAAGGAUGAAGAAUUGGAGAUACACAUGGUGUCUCCUGUUCAUCAUACAUGCCUAGCUUGUGCUACUUUCAAGACUGCAUGGAUUAUGAGCUCACCCAAGUUGUCGAUUCAUACUUGUUCAGUUCAUGCAUGCAGAAUGUGCUUAUUUUUAUUAAUCUGCUGUAUAAGCCAUAAUGACAUGGAAUUCUUGGCUGACAUGUUGCAACAUGUGUAUCUGAAUAAUAGUGGGUAGAAUCUGCAUGUAUAUAUUUACAAUCUGAAUUUGCCAAAGCUGCUAGAAACUACUACCCAUAACAUAGGAAUUUUACCACUGCACUGCAACACAUUGUUAUAUUUCAGACUGCUUUUUUGUUGUUGUUCAUUCUACAUUUUACAACUGCUACACUGUGUCAUGUUCCUUCAUGCUAUGCCGGUUUCUCCUCCCGUGCACAUAUCAAGGUAUGGGUAGCUGUACUUGUUGCUCAUGGCUUUCCUUCAACAAGAAAAUGAGUUUUCCCUCCCUAUACAAGGUGUAAAGAUGUUUAUUUUAAUCAUGUUAUAAUGGGGCUUGUUAUUUUAGCCUAUACAAAUUUGAUUUUAAAGAGGCUGUGUCGGCAACAUGGGCUCCAUCUUUGCAGCAGUAGUGUAUGGCAGAGAGAAAUGCAGUAUUUGACUAACAAACUGAGAUGGAUGUAUUAACUACAACAAUUUUGAGGGCUAGUUAUCAUCAAGAUCUCUUGGUUGUUUUGCUGACAUGCAGGCCAGCAGCGAUUGGUCAUUUUGGUUAGGCUUAGGUGCACGUUAAAGAACCCGGGAUCAAUCCAGAGCCUCUCACUAUGGGCAUCCCUCAUAACCCGCUGUGUAGUUUUGGGAUUGUAAACUCCACAAUUAGAUUUGGUCUUUUUUGUUUUCCUUUCGCCAGCUAGCAAAUUAGUUGUCAUCAGUUUCAGGCCAUUGUGAUUGAGUAUUAUGUGCCAUGAUUCAGUUUAGCUGUUCCCUACUCCAUUAACACAGAAUAUGCAGUGUGUCUAGUUGAGUAAUUGAGUGAAUUGAAUUACAUAUUUGAGAAUUGAUGUCAGCAUGUGCCCAUCACAAUAUUUUGUGAAUUGACUCACUAAUUCUCUGCAAUUGCCUGAAAAGUAAUCUGCACUUAACAUCUGCACAGCCAAGUAAGCAAUCCACAAAGAUGGAAUUUAUGUAGUGGCUAUAGUUUUUUUAUGUAAUAAAAAUGAGUCCAUGUACUGACCAUGCAUGUAAAUAAAGUGUACAUGUGGUAAGUAACUAUUCACUGUAAAGAGAAUUUAACACUUCAUUAUUACAUGUUAAGACCAUUUUGUUUUUCUUUCUGUGGACUGGGUGCAUUUUGUGUUAUCAACAGCACGAAGCAGAGUAGUGUAUCUUGGCAUGGCCUUGGGCAUCACAUUGAAGUAUUGGCUAGUUUGGUUAGUAUCUCAGCAUGUGCUAUGAAACUGUCACUAAUAUCAGAGAUGUGGGCUGAUGUUUGAUGGAUUGAUUGAUUUUGUGCUCUCACUGCCUAACAUAUUUAUUGAAUCAUGAAAAGCAUGGACUCCGUCACUGUCUGUUUACAUUCUUUGUUAGCUUUGGUGUUCCAACAACUCUUCAUUGAAAUGCAGAAUUCUGUGAAUUAAGGUUAAGUUUGCACUCGUCUUCAUCUUCUCAUAUUGGAGCAAUAAAUUGGAAUAGCAAGUUGAAGAAAAAGUAAUUGCAUAUUAGUAUAAUGUAUACUGAAUGCAAUGUUCCAGAAAGUACUAACAUAUACAGAGCUUCCUCUUUGCACUAGAGCAGUAAGUUACUGCUCCAAAGCAUUCUUGCUGCAAACAGCAAAUUUUUCUGCUCCAAAAGCUGAUCCAAAAUACCAAGUGCCGCUUCCAUCACUGAGAAUGAAACAAAACAGUGAAUUUCUAACUAACCUUGGCAAAGGCAUCACAUAUCCAUGUCUGCACUUACAACCUGAAUUAAUAAUUAGGUGUUGCUUCAAUGCAUAUUGAUGUGUACUUGAAUUUUUGUCUUGUCAUUUUUUGUGCUGUUCUUACGAACUUUGGAAAGAUUUGUCUGGAUGCUAUUUUGUUGCAUUUGUGAGCCAUCUCUGCUGAUGCUGUUGACACACUUCGCUUUUUAAAAAUUUUUGUAUAUAUGGUUGUCACACCUGUGAUGAGCAAUUAAGCAGCCAUGUUUGCAACUGUGCUGAAUGAUGAUCGCAACAACACUUUUUUAGUGUAUAAAUGUUAUGAAUGCUCCUUUUUUGGCUCACAUGUAUUUGGAUAUUUUGCCACUGCGUCAUUUUCCACCUGCAAACAGGAUACUACUAGGACAAAACAGUAACAUGGUCUCCCUAUUUAUUGUUUCACUUGACCCUUGAGAAUAUUUUAAAGAAAAGAUCCUUAGGAGCUUAAAAAGUGCUUGUUGGUGCUGAAAAAAAAAAAAGUCGUGUCUGAAGUCAUUUCUUGGAGUUGCUGAAAGUUGUGAUUUACAUUGACUUCAAACAUUGCCCAUUAUGUGCAUAGAUUUUGUAAAUACAUGCAAGCCACAUUUGGCUAAUGCUGUUAUAUAUUGCCUGUUUUCAUCACAUUUGAAAGGAAAGUUACAUGAAUCAUUUCUUGUGCUACACUUGUUAAUAUUAAAUAAUGCAUGUCGCUGUAUAUAAAGUGAAGAGCUUAUGAACAAUGACAUUGCAAAGCAUAAUAAAAAACUAAUGACGCUUUCUUAUA